AUGUCCAUGACCGUCGCAGAUAGCAACCAGCCCCGCGAGGGGUUUCCGCGGCCGUUCCCGGAAACGCCCAGCAACGUGCUGCAGCAAUUCCAGAUGGACGGGAAAGUGGUGGUCGUGACGGGCGCGGCGGAUGGGAUUGGCUAUGCGGUUGCUGAGGCUAUGGCUGAGGCGAGGGGGCAUGUCGCCUUAUGGUAUAACUCGAAUGAUGUCGCUGUUGAGAAGGCGGAGGGUUUGGCUAAGUUGCAUGGGGUUAAGGCGCUGGCGUAUAAGGUUGAUGUGUCUGAUCCCGAGAAGAUCCAGGCGGCGCUUGGGGAUGUGAUUCGUGAUUUUGGGAAGAUUGAUGUCUUUGUUGCGAAUGCGGGAAUGGCGAUCUCCAAGCCGAUUCUCGAGCAGACGCUAGAUGAGUAUAGGAAGCAGAUGUCGGUGAACGUGGACGGCGUCGUCUACUGCGCCAAGUCCGUCGGCGAUAUCUUCAAGCACCAAGGCUUCGGCAACCUGAUCAUCACCUCCAGCAUGAGCGCCCACAUCGUCAACGUGCCCGUCGACCAGCCCGUCUACAACGCCACCAAAGCCUUCGUCACCCACUUCGGCAAGUCGCUGGCCCGCGAGUGGCGGGACUUCGCGCGCGUCAACAUCGUGUCGCCAGGCUUCUUCGAUACCAAGAUGGGCGCCGGCGCCGACACGCUGCAGGAGGCGUACCGCAUGGCUGUGUUGGGCCGGCAGGGGCAGGUCAAGGAGAUCAAGGGGCUGUAUCUUUAUCUAGCCAGCGAUGCGUCCACGUAUAUGACGGGGAGUGAUCUGUUGAUUGAUGGGGGAUAUGUGCUUCCCUAGCUACAUUAAGCCCGAAUGUAAUCUGUCGCAUGUCAUGGAGUUCGAUACACCAUUAGUAGUUAAUUCCAUCAAUUCGAUUUGGGAGCUUUGUCCGGCCUGCAGAUAUCGGUCCAUUUUCUGCUUCUGACCCCGAAUCCCUCGAAUUCUUGAUUGAAAACGCAGACUGCAGCACUUCUGGGCCCGGGAUUUCAACAACUUCAGUUGAAUCAGGCGCUUCUGUAUCCUGCAUCUUUACGUUCUUGUAGCCUGUAUAUUGCGGAGAUUGAGUAUUGAAAUCGGUAGCCUGCAAAUAAAAAAAAUAGUUAUAAU